UAAAGUAAAAGAAGUAGAAAAGCCAUUGACGAUUCCUUCAACUCGGUUUCAGGGCGAGUAGCUAGCUCAGGAAGCUGAUCGUCUCUUAGCUCAAAGGAUAUCUGUGUUUUCCUAAGCUUGCGGGAGUUCCGAGUACAACACGCACCCAAAAAGUUACUCAACCCCAAAACACAGGAGCACUUGAAUAUUUUUAACCAUUUUUAGCCCAAUCUCUCUCUCCCGUCUCACCUCUCUCUUCCUUCUUUCGAGGCGUUCCUGAAUCCUUGUGAUUUUGAAUAGUUCAGGGCGGACCACUCCCGACGCUCUUCUUUUGGGAGGUUGGAGUGGUAGGCGGCAACCCUGGUGUAGUACAUUGGUAUUGGAGUUCGAUUGAAGAUGAGGACCGUAGUUCGAUCUGUCCGCCAAUUACGACAAGCUCUUCAGAGGCAAAAAUGUGUUAUGAUCAGUAGCAGAGCAGAAGCACCUUGUUAUCUGAGAAAGGCACAUCAUAGUGCAGCUUAUAGAGUUGUUAAUCAUGCUGAAACCAAGUUACUGGGAUACAAUACAUGUCCAACCUCAAGAGCUCUUUCAGUUGAUGCUAUAAAACUCACAGAUGGAGUUGCAGAAGUAAACAUAGGAGGGCCUCUUGUUGAAUAUGAACGUAGAAUUGCUGCUGGUGAACUUGUAGAUGGCGACACUUGCCAGUUAGUCACUCUGAGAGAACUUCAGAGACUCUAUGAUGAGCUGGUUGAGUCUGUUGAUGCCUGCCAAUUGGAUCGCAAUUCUGAAAAACAUGUAAGGAGCGGGUGGUUGUGGUCCCGUCUUUUGUUUCAACCUUCAUAUGCACCAGUUAGGGGUUUAUACUUGUAUGGAGGAGUGGGGACUGGGAAAACUAUGCUGAUGGAUCUGUUUUUUGAUCAAUUGCCUGCCAAUUGGAGGAAAAAGAGGAUUCAUUUUCAUGACUUUAUGUUAAAUGUACAUAGUCGAUUGCAAAGGCACAAGGGUGUGUCAGAUCCACUUGAUGUUGUUGCUGAAGAGAUUUCGGAGGACGCAAUUUUAUUAUGUCUUGAUGAAUUUAUGGUAACGGACGUUGCUGAUGCACUGAUACUAAAUCGCUUGUUCAGACAUUUGUUCAGCAAAGGCAUUAUUCUAGUAGCCACUUCAAAUCGUGCUCCAGAUAACCUAUAUGAGGGUGGAUUGCAAAGGGAUCUCUUCCUACCAUUCAUUGCCACAUUGAAGGAAAGAUGCGUAGUGCAUGAGAUUGGUUCAUCAACUGACUAUCGUAAGCUGACUUCGGGUGAGGAAGGGUUCUAUUUGAUUGGCCAAGACUUAUCUGGCUUUCUUAGGCAAAGGUUUCAACAGUUAAUUGGAGAACAGAAAGCUGCUUCCCAAGAGGUGGAAGUAGUAAUGGGAAGGAGACUACAUGUUCCACUGGGAGCUAAUGGAUGUGCCUAUUUUACCUUUGAGGAACUUUGUGAUAAGCCUCUUGGAGCCGCUGACUAUUUUGGACUAUUCAAGAGCUUUCAUACCUUAGCAUUGGAAGGCAUCCCAAUUUUUGGGCUUCAGAAUAAAUCAGCAGCACAUAGGUUUGUCACUUUAAUCGAUGUGAUAUAUGAGAACAGGGCCAGGUUAUUGUGUACAGCUGAGGGGAGCCCCCAAGAGCUUUUUGAAAGAAUAGUAACAAUAUCUGAGGCUAAACAAAUUGCUCCCAGGACCUCUUCAAGAUCUAGGAAAAACGAUGUGUCUGAUCUUUGUGUGGACAAUGAAUUGGGGUUUGCAAAAGACCGAACCAUCAGUAGAUUAACAGAGAUCAACAGUAGAGAAUACUUAGAGCAUCAUGCUGCCAUGUUAGCAGAAAAGCAGCUCACACAAGGAGGUGUUGUUCAGCAGCAUGCCCUUCAAGCAUGAAGAGAGCGAUAUUCUGAAGUUAAAAGGGCUGCAAAACCUCCUGUUGUAGUCUGUAUUGAGUGAGAGAGGGGGUAAAAUAAUGUCUUAUAACAUGAGGCAGGAUUCAGAACUUUAAUUUAAUGGGGAGCAGGUAUUGUUUGCUCCUAUAUAUUUGAUUAAUCUUAAUAAAACAGCCAGGAUCCUGCAUAUCUUUUUUUUUUUU